AAUGUGACGAUUUAUAUAACACCACUAUAAUCCAGGACAUUCGUGCACAGCUGCUCGAGACGUUUCGCAACUCGCUUGGGCAUCUGCCCGUUGGGCGAUUUCAUAUUGGCUUGGCAUUAUGCGACUACUGGAAACUUAAAGACGCGCUCUAGCGAAGGCCAAGCUAUCAUCGGUGUAGGUCGACAAGGCCCUGGCACCGCUUGCAACUUGCGGGGUUGCUGCAGUUUGGUCUUGCAACACGCGAUGCUGAAAGUCUGGAAACCUUGAGCGUGGAGUUGACGGAGCUCGGGCACGAUGGAAAUCGCAAGCUCGAGGCCCUUUUGCUUUCAGACGCACAGCCCGUUGGGCUUUGCUGUCCAGCUAAAGCUCACUCCAGAGCUAAAGCAGGCUCUGAUUGAAGCACAAGCUAAUGGCAAGCCUUUGGCGCUGCGUUUCCGGGAGGAACCGCACAAAGAGGCGGUGCUGUGCGUGGGCACCACGGAAUACCUGUUCGGCACCACGCCCACCUCGCAGCAGCAGGAGGUGAUGGAGAUGACGCCGCGCAGCAAGGGCGCCUGCGCGGUGGCCAGCGUCAAGCAGCGCCUCACGCUGCAGAGGGACGCACAGGGGCGGCCGCGCUGUCAGACCACCACCGAGGCAGCAGCCAAGGCGCGAGCGGCGGCAGCAGCAGCAGCGGCGGCAGCGGCGGCAGCAGGGCCGGCGGCAGCCAAGCCCGGCGCUCAUCACAUGGCAAAUGGAGGCUCUGCAGCUGCUGGGAAGGGCAUGGAACCGCCAAAGCCCAAGAGCACGGGGGCAGCAGCAGCAGCAGCAGCAGCAGCAGCAGCAGCAGCAGCAGGGAACGACCGCCGUGCCAAGACCGCAACGCCGCCGCCGCCCGAGCCCGCCGCUGCAGGCGGCGGGGGCGGCGGCAACGGCAGCGGCGGCGGCAGCUCGCCGGUUGGCGCCGGCGGCGCAGCCGCCGCGGCGGCCGCGGCAGCAGCGGCGGCGGCCGCCGCCGCCGCCAACGGCGAGCUGCCUCGUAUUGCGGUGGCGGCGGCGCGUCAGGGCGACCUGCCGCUAGUGAUUGCGGCGCUGCUGCGGGACAGUCCGCUGACGGCGGGCAGCCUGCAGAGCCGCAUAGACGCCGCGUACCGGGCGGCAGGCGCCAAGCCGGAGGCGCGCGAGUACGUGAAGCGCGUGAUCGACAACUGCUGCGCGCUGGCCAACAACCGAAUGAACCUCAAGCCGGACGUGCUGGCGCGAGAGGGGCCGCGGCUGGACGCCCUGUCUGUGGGGUCCAGCCCCACGGCCGCAGACGGCGCCACACACGGCGGCGGCGGCGGCGGCGCGGACCGUGGGAGAGGCGGCGCGCGGGGUGGUGGCGGCGGCGGCAAGCGCGUCGCCAGCUGCUCGCCGGACCCCCGCGUGUCUCCGGAGCGUGAAGCGGCGGCGGCGGUGGCGACGGCUGGCACGUCAGGGAGAGGCGGGGAAGAGGAGGACGACUUGCAGUGGGGGACCUACGCCGGCAGUCAGCCGAGCUUGCAGCCGACGUCACAUCGCAACGACACGGGCGGUUCCGCGCAUCAGCAUCAGCAUCAGCAUCAUAACAACUCCAGCCAGCAGCAUUCACAGCAGCCUCAGCAACAGCAGCAGCAACACAGGGACAGCGGCAAGGCUGCGCGCGCGGCGCCGGCGGGCGCCUCAGGUCAGGCGGCCAAACGGCAGAAGACGGGGCAAGGGGGCGGCGGCGGCGGCAGCGGGAAACAUGGCCGUGGCAACGACACGGCCGCAGCAGGGGCGACGGCCGCGGCGGCGACUGGGGCGGGGAAGGGCGUCAGCUUGCCACAGGGCUACGAUGAUUUUGACGAUCUCGCUGACACGCCCGCACCCCGGAAAAAGCCGACUACGUCUGCGCCGGCGCCGGCGCCAGGGCAGCAGCACGCGGGCAGGGCUGCGGCUGCCAAGGCGGCGGCCGCUGCGAAGGCAGAAACUGUAAAGGCAGAAGCUGCUAAAGCAGCCAGGGCGGAAGCAGCCAAGGCCGAGGCUGCAAAGGCGGAGGCUGCGAAGGCGGAGGCUACUAGGUUGGAAGCGGCGAGGGCGGAAGCGGCCAGGGCGGCAUCAGAAGAGGCGCCGGCGCCGGUUGCGAUCCCACCGGCGCCGGGGAGAGGGAAGAUGAUGAUGGUAUCCUCAGGCGGGCCGCGGGGGCUGCCCACACACGCCGCGCUAGGAGCAGGGGCGGCGUCUCCGCCCCGCCCCAGCGUGUCGGGACAGGGCCUAGCGCCCUCGACCGCGCCGUCGGGCGCGCCCUCGACGCGAGCCACCGCCCCGGGAAAAAUCGUGUCAGCGCCGCCGGCCGCUGCAAAUGGCGUGGGCUCGUCGGGCGGAGGUGGAGGUGGAGGUGGAGGUGGAGGUGGCGGCGGCGGCGCGCGUACGGCGUCUGCGGGUGGCGCGGCGGCUGGCAGUGACAGCGUGCCUGACACGGACGGCGGGAGAGGUGUCAGUGGUGGCGGCGGCGUCAGUGCGGGGGCGGGCGCGGCCUCGCCGGAGCAGCACGAGGAGUCGGCGCUGGACCCGGAGAUGCAGGCGUAUGCUGACCUGGAGCUGGCGGGUGAGGAGGACGCGCGGGAGGGUGACUGGUACCGGCCCUACGUGGACUGGCGCCCGCCGCCGCACGCCGCCGUGGCCAGCCAUGAGCAGUACGAGGCGUACGAACGCGAGUACCGCUCCAAGUACGACGUCUACCACAGGCUGAACCAGAAGUACAGCGAGGUGGUGCGGGAGGCCGAGUCCUACCGGGCGGCGGUGGAGGCGGCGGCGCCGGGCAGCGAGCAGCGGCGGCGCAGCCUGGCGGCGCUGUGGCGGCUGGGCGCGGGCAAGUGGCGGCUGCUGGAGGCGUGGAAGGCGGCGCGGCGGAACCUGCAUGCGGAUCUGGGGGAUCUGCGAGCCCGGGUGGCGGAGUACGCGGCGCGGGCGGAGCGGCAGGGCGGCGCGGGAGGCGCGGGCGGCGGCGGGAGGGAGGAGGGGCAGGAGGCGCAGGGGUGAGGCGUGGGAUGGGGUGGGAGGAAGCGCUGUGUGUCCUCCGCGUGGCAAUGUAGGUCGCCGUGUAGGCUUAGGGACAGGCUGGCAGGCUGGAGUUGUAGUCAGGGGUGUAGGAGUACGGCAGUAGAGCAUUGGGGUGUUGUGGCAGGGGCACACACGCAACAGCGCACCAACGAGCUCACACGCAGCAAACAUAUCAAACAGCAUUGCUACAUGUCGAUGCAGCAUGAGGGACGCAGUGUUGGUCAAGGUAUAACGCAAUAAAGGCUUACAGGAGCUAGGUAGAUAGGGCAGGGGCGUGGGCGAGUCGCGGGAUGCUGCGCUACCUAAGCGUGACUUGGUUGAGCUUGACGCAUCCUUCUUAAACUGAGUGCAGCAACCCAUGUGCGAUUGGUAGCUAGAGCGGGGGCUGUGGCAGCUAGGGCGGACGGUGAUUAAAGUAUGGUACGGCAUCGCCGUGGUUGCGUGUGGGUUACUUGCGGAGUGGGACGGAGGUGCAACCUAAAGCAGUUGCCCUGGGUGAGCUUUUCACGGGUUUCAGGCGUGUUGCUUUCGGCAGGUCAAUCGAGUACAAGCUCUGCGAACUCCCCGCAGCCAUACAACCAGUGAAACAAUGCUACGAUGAAUGUGUAAACACUUG